AUGGAGGUUCUUGGGGUAUCAGCAGUAUUGCUAUUAGCAUGUGUGGUUUUCUUUCUGCUAAACAUACUACAUACUAGCAGGCUACAAGGCAAAGGGAAAUUUCCCCCUGGACCCACACCAUUGCCUAUUUUAGGUAACAUCCUGCAGAUAUGUGGCAAAGACACCUUCAAAUCUUUCUUUAAGCUCGGUGAGAAGUAUGGUCCAAUAUACACCAUUUACAUGGGCCAGAAACCGAUAGUGAUACUUUCUAGCUGUGAUGCAGUGAAGGAAGCUCUCAUUGAUAAUGGGGACAAGUUUAGUGGCCGUGGGUACAUGCCUUUGAUGGAGAGGUUAACCUCAGGACAUGGGGUUAUUUACAGUAAUGGGGAACGGUGGAAACAGUUACGUCGUUUUUCAUUGAUGAAUAUGAGGAAUUUUGGAAUGGGAAAGAGAAGCAUAGAAGAGAGAAUUCAGGAGGAGGCUCAGUUUCUUUUGGAAGAGUUUCGGAAGACAAAAAGUCAUCCAGUAGACCCCACAUUCUAUUUCAGCAAGGCUGUCUCCAAUGUUAUUGCUUCUGUAGUUUUUGGAGAACGGUUUGAAUAUGAAGACAAACAAUAUCUUUACCUCCUUGAUAUAUUUAACAAGUUAUUCAGUGGAUUUAGUUCAGUCUCAGUACAGAUGUACAAUGUUUAUCCGAACAUCAUGAAGAAGUUACCUGGACUACACAACCAACUGUUUAAUGGUUUCGAAGAAAUUAAGACAUUUGUUGCCCAAAGAGUCAAAACCCAUCAAGAAACACUGGACCCCAAUUCUCCUAGAGAUUUUAUUGAUUGCUUCCUUAUAAAGAUGGAACAGGAAAAAGAUAUGCCAGAAUCUGAGUUUCAUAUGGAUGCCUUGCUGAACACCAUGGUAGAUUUCUUUGCUGCCGGGACUGAAACCGUUAGCACCACCUUACGGUAUGGCCUCUUAAUCCUACUCAAGAAUCCAGAUGUGGAAGAACGUGUUCAAAAAGAAAUUGAUCAAGUCAUUGGCCAAAACAGAGCACCAGGUAUUGAAGAUCGUUCUAAAAUGCCCUACACAGAUGCGGUCAUCCAUGAGAUUCAGAGAUUUAUUGAUCUCAUACCCCUUGGGCUCCCACACAAAGUAACUUGUGAUGUUUAUUUUAGAGACUAUGUCAUUCCUAAGGGAACCACUGUCUACCCAAUAUUAAGCACAGUCCUAAGGGACCCAAAACAGUUUAAAAAUCCAAACCAAUUCAAUCCUGGACAUUUCCUAGAUGCUAAUGGAAAAUUCUGCAAGAAUGAUGGUUUCAUGCCCUUCUCCGCAGGCAAGCGGAUCUGUGCCGGAGAGGGUCUUGCGCGGAUGGAACUCUUUCUUUUUAUUAGCACAAUAUUACAGAGCUUUAACCUCAAAUCCGUAGUGGACAUUGAAGAAUUAGAUUUAACCCCUCAGAUAAGUGGAUUGGGGAGCGUUCCUCGUCCCUACAAAAUCUGCUUCAUCCCUCGAUAAUUAAUAUUGCAAAGAUUAUGUUCCAGACUACAAGUGGAGCGGUAACUUGGCUAGACUUUUAUUUUUUGCGUUCAUAGAGUAGUACGGGCUGGGCGAGAGGGACACCCGCCCAGGGCCCCGUGCUUUGGGGGGGGGGGGGCACGCACCAUCAUGGGUGAGUGUAUGAGAAGGUGCAAUCUAUAGUCUGUAUUUAGUUUAUGAAGAAAUGUUUAUGGUAUCAGGAGGUGUUAUAUAUACUUUUAUUCUUUAUAUACAUAACACUCAAUGUUAGGACAAGAGUGGGCCAUAAGGAGGGCGGGGCAUACAGGGGGAGGGGAAUAAGGGCACUGGGCUGCGGGGCCCCACACAUUUGUCUUGCCCAGGGCCCCGCAGAUGCUAAGGGUGUCCCUACAAGUUGAAAGUAAAAAGUAAGCAGCAGCGUUAACAUAUUCUCCUCAUAGAUUUCAAUGGAGCGUGCUGUUCAGAAAAACCUAACACCUAUAAACCUGCGCUAACCCAAACUUAUUUAUUUAUUUUAAACAUUC